UUUCCAUCCACCCUUCUCUUUUCAGCUCCAUCAUAGCAUCCCAUAUUGCCCACAACCGUGCUCGCGAAGCCUUUUCGCUCUUGGGUAAUGUUGCUCCCCUUUGUGCCGAAAUUGGAGGGCCCACUUAUAACUCGCUCUUGGCUGCCCUUGCCUCUGAUGGGUGUUUGGAAAGUGCGUACCAGCUGUUUGAGGAAAUGACUCAGAGUGGUAUUGGUUUCAACACACUGGGAUUUGGGGUGUUUCUUUGGCGGGUUUGUGGAGAGGGUGAUGUGGAAAGGGUGGUGAGGUUGUUGGAUGAGGUUAAGGAAUGUGGUUCUGGGAUUAAUGGUUCUGUUGUGGCGGUUUUGACUGUUCAUGGGUUGUGUCGGGCUUCUAAGGUAUCGGAGGCUUUGUGGAUGUUGGGUGAUCUCAGGAGUAGGGGUUGGAAACCCGAUUUCAUGGCUUACUGGGUUGUUGCCGCAGGGUUCCGAUCAAUGAGGAAUGUGGCUGAUGAAGUGAAAGUUUUAAAGAUGAAGAGGAAGUUAGGGGUGGCUCCUAGAAGCAGUGAUUACAAGGACUUGAUACUUGACUUGAUUACGGAGAGAAGGAUGUGUGAAGCAAAAGAAGUUGGGGAGGUUAUAAUUGGUGGUAAUUUUCCUGUUGAUGACGACGUUCUCAAUGCAUUGAUAGGAUCGGUAUCAAGUGUAGAUCCUAGUACUGCUAUAAUGUUUUUCAAUUUCAUGGUUGAGAAAGAGAGGUUCCCAACUAUUUUGACUGUCAAUGAUUUGUGUAGGAGUCUGUGUAGGCAUGGCAAGGGCUGGGAAAGUGAGAGAAGGCUAUACUGUUCUGCAGGAGAUGAAGAAGAAAGGGUUUCAACCCAAUGUCUCGUCUUAUAAUUACAUAAUGGAAGCGUGUUGUAAGGAGGAUCUACUGCGUCCGGCGAGGAAGCUCUGGGAUGAGAUGUUCUCGAACGGCUGUUUGGGGAAUUUGAAAACAUACAACCUUCUUAUACAAAAAUUUUGUGAAGUGGGACAAACUGAAGAGGCUCAAAUGCUCUUUUACCAGAUGUUAGACAAGGGAGUGGAACCUGAUGUUACCACUUACACUUUUCUUCUAGAAGGAAUCUGCCAAGAAGACAAACUAGAAGCAGCUUUUGAGCUCUAUAACAAGUCUGUCAAACAGGACAUAAUCAAUGCAAAAGGCAUAUUGAGCUCCUUUACAUCAUCACUGUGCAGGAAAGGUCAUCAUAUGGCUGCAUCCAAAUUACUUUGUAGUCUCAAUCAUGAUAUAGGAUGUGCAGAAUCCCAUAUAAUUUUGUUGAAAAGUUUGUCAGAUGCACAAGAGAUUCCAAUUGCCAUUGAGCACUUGAAGUGGGUUCAGGAAAAAUCACCUUUGAUACUGAGAGAUAUAUGUACUGCACUUUUGGAUUCUCUUUCUUCUGCUACGUGCCCAGAGCCCAUGUUACAGUUCCUUCAAAGAAUACAAAAUGUGUUUGAUUUCCCUUACUUCGAAGGAUAUGUGUGACAAAUGAUUACGAUUUGAGAAGAUUAUGUUCUCAGUUUUGGGUGCCAUUGGUUAAGUGUACAUGCAACUUAGUAACAAAACCUUUACAGCAUUGGUGUAUUUAGAUGAGAAAUUUUGGGAGUAAUUUAUAUUUUGAUUAUAUUUGUUCUAUAUGGAAAAUUGUGUUGUUUGAAUUAGCUGUUUUGAGAAAAAAGGAU